GUAGACGCGUCUCACGGGCCGGACGUGACGUAGGGAGGGUUCCGGCUUCGGCCUCCGCCGCUGCCGCCGCUAGCACAGCCGCGGACGCCGCUGCUGCCGUCGGGGCUUGUUAUUUCUAAAAUGGCGCCCCUGGACUUGGACAAGUAUGUGGAGAUAGCGCGGCUGUGCAAAUACCUGCCGGAGAACGACCUGAAGCGGCUGUGUGACUAUGUUUGUGACCUCCUCUUGGAAGAGUCAAAUGUCCAGCCAGUAUCAACACCAGUAACAGUGUGUGGAGACAUACACGGACAGUUUUAUGACCUUUGUGAACUAUUCAGAACUGGAGGUCAGGUUCCUGACACAAACUACAUAUUUAUGGGUGAUUUUGUAGACAGAGGUUACUAUAGUUUGGAGACCUUCACUUACCUUCUUGCACUAAAGGCUAAAUGGCCUGAUCGUAUUACACUUUUGCGAGGAAAUCAUGAGAGUAGACAGAUUACACAGGUGUAUGGAUUUUAUGAUGAGUGCCAAACCAAAUACGGAAACGCUAAUGCCUGGAGAUACUGUACCAAAGUUUUUGACAUGCUCACAGUAGCAGCUUUAAUAGAUGAGCAGAUUUUGUGUGUUCAUGGUGGUUUAUCUCCUGAUAUCAAAACACUGGAUCAAAUUCGAACCAUUGAACGGAAUCAGGAAAUUCCUCAUAAAGGAGCAUUUUGUGAUCUGGUUUGGUCGGAUCCUGAAGAUGUGGAUACUUGGGCAAUCAGUCCCCGAGGAGCAGGUUGGCUUUUUGGUGCAAAGGUCACAAAUGAGUUUGUUCAUAUCAACAACUUAAAACUCAUCUGCAGAGCACACCAACUAGUGCAUGAAGGCUAUAAAUUUAUGUUUGAUGAGAAGCUGGUAACAGUAUGGUCUGCUCCUAAUUACUGUUAUCGUUGUGGAAAUAUUGCUUCGAUCAUGGUCUUCAAAGAUGUAAAUACAAGAGAACCAAAGUUAUUCCGGGCAGUUCCAGAUUCAGAACGUGUUAUUCCUCCCAGGACAACGACGCCGUAUUUCCUUUGAGGCCUUCGCCCAUCCUGCUGACCCAUUUUUCUGUCCUCUUACCCCAACUUUCGUGUAUUACCCUCUACAAUAUACUUUUUAUUGAGCACUUUGCUGCUGAAAUGCUGCCUCUUGCCUUUUUUUUUAAUUUUAAAUUAUCUAAAUUUAUUGUUUGUUAUGGUGUCUAUAGCAAUGUUUUUCUAUCAGUUUUCUCCCCCGUCCCACCCCCGCCUUGGACUCAUUUGAGAAGACUUGAGAAAUGUCUUAAUACUCAGACUGCUGCAUGUAGCUCUUGCUUAUUUACUGGUCUAGGGGAAACAGGAUGUUUCCUUUUUUAAAAAAGCCAAUUGACAGAACAGACACUGAAAUACUCCUCCUUUUGUAUUAUUCAGUCUUUUGUUUUAGUUCGGUAAGUUUUAAGAAAUUUCAGCAGCAAAGUUGUUAUUCAGUGGGCACGAUGGACUGCAAAUGCCUCGAGUUAUGUAUACCUGUCCCAGCUGUAAACUUCAUUGUCCUUUGUUGGAUGAUAUUUUAAAUGGAUAUAAAAUAAAUUGGUCUAAAGGGCUGCCCUC